ACUCAAGUUUUCAUUCUAGGCAAAAGAAAGAUAAUAACAUUGCCUGACUAGUUUGUCAUUUUUGUUUUUGAAUUUCAUACUUUUUUUCUUGUUUUUUUCAAGGGCCAUCAUCCAUAUUUCAUGUUAGUCGGAGAAUAAAAUGUUUCACUUUGAAUAAAAAGCAUGAGAUUAUGGUUAACUUGAAAGAAUUUGAAUCUUCUUUUAAAAAAUAGUUAUGUUUUAUUUGAAAAUGUCUUAUGAUAAAAUCCUCAGCGUGUUGCAAUGUAACCUUGAAUUACUAUGUGGUGUGUUAGAGUCAGCCUUAGAAUUGCAAUUGUUGUACUGAAGCUAUUAUUGUAGAUGUAUUAAAAGGAUGUUCAUAAAACAUGACAUUUUCACAUAUAUUAUUACAAAAUAACUAUUUUUUGUCAUUUGGGAAACAAUUAGUGUUGUGAAAUCACGAAUAUAUGAAAUGAAAGGGAUUGUUGAACGAAACAAAUUUAUUUACCCUCUAAUUAAGACAAAUAGGGUGAUAUUCCAGAAAAUAAAUGUUUAUAAUAUCUACUUCAAUUAUUUAAGAGUUCAAUUGUGGUUAUUAAUUUUAUACUAAUAUUUUGUGAUCUAUUAAUUGUUAAUAUCAGGAAAAAUGUUGUCAUCCAGUGAUGCCUCUUCUUCACUGAACAACUCGAAUGCUAAUUCCAGCGUUGGAAAAAAAUUGAAAGCACUUAUGGUAUAUGAUAACCGCACAAUUACAAUGAUCCACGGAGCACUUCUAAAGAAAUUUGGUGUCGAAACACAUGAAGCGAAAGAUGGCCAAGAAGUUGUCCUUGCUCAUCGCUCAGGUGCAUGCUUUGAUCUGAUUAUGAUGGACUUAGAUAUGUCAGUGGUAAACGCUCGUCAGACAAUUAUGGAACUUCGAGAUAUGAAUGUGCGUAGCAAAAUUGUGGGAUUGACUUUCUUUGGAGAAGAAAAGAAGAAGCCAUUCAUGAAUGUUGGCCUUGAUUAUUGUUAUCCGAAGCCGCUUCCUUUCGAUGUAGUUCGGGAUCUUGUGGAGAAAAUUAAGGAGGAUGCCUAGACUUAUCAAAAGCACUUGAUUUAAUGUAACAGAUAUUUUAAUCAUUAGAGAAGUUAAGAAAAUAAGUCGACAACUUCACAUUAGCGGAGACUAGCUACAUUACAUUCUUAUUAUGGUUUCUAAAGUAUGUAUACCAUACUUACAAUUACCAAUAAAUUUCUUUUGGUAGAA